GUAAAGCUGAAGUACUUUAAAAUGAUCUUUCAAGCUUUUAAAGACUUUAUUCCCGUCGUCUCAGUGGGGGUGCUAACAGUGGUGCUUUUAUCCUGUGUUUUGUUUGGAAUCCAAACUAUUUUCAGCUUCACCCCGGGGGUCCUAAGUGUUGGCAACACAGUUUUUCUGCAUGGACACAUUCACAGGCUGUUGUUGUACCCCUUUCACCACAGAACCUUUGCUCAGCUCCUCCUCAACAUUACAGUUCUGGUGUUUCUCAGUGGCAGCCUGGAGAAAGGCUUUGGCACGGUGCGUUUCCUCUUCUUGUUCCUCCUGAUGUCGAGCACCACAGGUGUGUUUUACAGCUUCCUGGACCUCCUGCAGAGUGACAGCAGCCAAAGUCACACCGAGGGCUUUCUUCCUGUGGCCCUGGCUUGUGUGGCUCUAACUACCAUGCACACGAAAAUGACCAAAGGGUUCCUGUGUGGGGUCAGCUUCCCCACCAUUGCUCUCCCCUGGGUGUUACUUAUCAUCACCACUGCCCUCAUUCCUCACAGCGUGCUCCCCUGCAAUGUCAUAGCCAUCCUGGUUGGUUGGCUGUACGGGAAGAGAUGGUUCGCUCUCCUGGACUUAUCUGAGGCUAAGGCUGGCGUCCUGGAGAAGAUGAUGCCGUUCAGGUUUUUGAGGAGCAUAGGCGGGGAUAUGUUUGUCCCUGCUUCCACAGAAGAGCGGAGGAAGACACUCCUGCCACAAAUCAACCCGACACCUGGGUCCUACCCGGUCCAGGCGUACGCUCCGCUGUCCAGCACUCACACUGCAGACGCCGCCGCCAAGUUUUACGAAGGCUGGCCAAAUUUGACCGGUGAUCUGUCCAGCCGUGCACCACCUCUCCAUCCCCAUCAACACGGCUCUGCACAUAGCUCUGGGAUAAGUCACGGACUUGGUCCAGAGCAGAGUUUUGGACACAGCUGCAACCAUAGCCAUAGUCAUGGGCACCCAUAGACUUGCUUAUUAAAGACAUAGUUUACUAACAGAUGAGCCUUCAAAUUUAACCUUUUUUUUUCUGUUAAACGUGCAGCACAUGUCUUUUAUUGGAUUGUGUCUGCUGCAAAGUCAAAGGCUUGUUCAUGUAGUUAUUCUGUUUAUAUGGCAGGUGUCUGUCUGCCUUCCUGUGUUAUUCAAUGACAUUUGAAUGUUUUAACGCUGUGGGUGACUUUGGUUUCUUCCAUUAAACGAUUGACCUUUU